GCUGAACUCUAUCCACAUACCAUAUCCUUACCCUCGUCUUACUUUCUCACUGAUACCGUCCACACCACUCAGCCCAUCUUCAAUCCUCAUCAAUUUGCUCCAUCACACCGUCAUGCCUGGUAGCUCAGAAGGCCGAUAUAUUAGACUUGAUGUUAUCAGUGGAAAGAAUUUUCAAGUCCCUUCUGGGCGCAUUCCCGCUGGUAUCCACAUAUCCGUCAAUGUCGACUCUCGGAGACGCUGGAAAUCAGCCAUCAGUUUCGUAUCGCCUGAUGAAUCUGUAGUGUGGGGGAAUUCUGUCACUCUAUUAUCGCACUCCUCACCUGCGUUGUCAGUGGAGAUCAGGGCGUCCUUUGAGCUUGGUCGAAUGUUUGGCAGUGGUGAGAUCGUUGGAAGACUUAGAAUGCCAUGGAAUGAGCUACUCAGUCAUCGACAUGAGCCAUUCGAUAUAUCCCUCCCACCCGUGCACGGUGUCCACCCUUCCCUGAAGCUGAAGGCCACCAUUGUACACGCUUGCAACUAUCAGGACGAUGCACUGUUUGAUUCCCUCGUAGACUGCAAGAUUGCGCGAGACACAGAUGCGGGCCAUGCACAAAUUGUCAAAUAUGUGAGACGCAAGACAGUCUCUCACCUGAAACGUGCUGUAGACAAAUUUCAGUCGGUUCUGGACCAGUGUCCGGUCAGCCAUUCAGAUCAUGCAACGGCUCUCACAAACCUCGCGUGUGCCCGCCUCUUAGGCUACGUCCGAAAUGAUGUUGAAGACAUCGAUGCCAUUACUUCCCUCUUCCGUGACGCCCUUGCAUUGCGUCCGCAGCCCCAUCCCGAUCAUCCAUUAUCUCUAUUCAAUCUCGCCCGAGCGCUGACUUGGCGCCACUACAAGAAAAAUACUGCUGCCGACAUCCGCGAAGCCGCCCAACUCCAUCAUGAACUACUGCCUCUUUGUCCAGAGGCCACCUACCUUCGUAGCAUCGCGGCAGGGAAUGGUGUUGAUUAUGUGAUCAGCGGAUGCAGCGAUAUUCCAAUAGACGCAUCCGAUGAAGGCAUCCACCUUCGACGAGUCGUCCUCGAGCUCUGUCCUCUGGGCCAUCAACUCCGUCACAGAGCCCUCAACAUGCUUGCAUGCGCAGUUAAAGGACGUUUUGAUCAGCACGGCAGCAUCGAUGAUCUUGACACGAGCAUACAACUUCAUCGUGAAGCCCUGUCUCUGAUCCCCGAGGGACAUGCUGACCGUGAUACCUACUUGUACAACUUGGCCGUUACACUCACGUUGCGCUUCCAACACCAAAGCAAACCUAAUGACCUGGAUGAUGCCAUCUCUUUGCAUGAAGAGGCGCUGCGUCUGCGCCCUGUUGGGCACAAAUAUCGUGAUCGCUCAUUGAACAAACUAGGGAUCGCCCUCGUCGUUCGUUUCAACCAACGCGGCGACAUUGAUGACAUCACCCGAGCCAUUGGCCUAAAACGCGAGGCACUGACGUUGCAGCCACCUGGGCAUCCACAUCGUGACGCCACACUUAACAACCUUGCCCUUGCGCUCAAAGUCAGACAUGAUAAAUCGCAUGUUAGCGAGGAUCUUAACGAGGCCAUUGAUUUGUAUCGGGAAUCCCUUCGGUUAAAGCAGCUUGACCAUCCAGAGCGCCCCGCAACUAUUUUAGGUUUGAGCUCGGUGCUCUGCUCUCGUUUCACGCAAACUCAACAGAAUGAAGAUGUCGAGGAGGCCAUUACUCUUUGCCAACAAUCAUUCUGCCUUCAUUACACCCGGACAGGUGUUUCAGCUACAUGUGGCUGCAAGAAGCCUAUUUGGCUCAACUUCAGACUUGCAUCAGGGCACCCUACUCAAGGCUUUCCGGAACGUAUUAAGACAGCAUGCAAUUGGACCAUUGCCGCGGAGCAGCAUGGUGAUUUGUCCGCAUUAGAGGCAUACAGCACGUGUUUCGACCUUCUUGACGGUCAUCUGGCAACGCGAUCAUCGACAAUUUCACGACGCGAAGCUGCCGCUGCCUUCUCCAGAUCACUACCUGUAGAUGCAGCCUCAUGUGCUAUACGUCGUGAUAAUCUACGGCGGGCAGUUGAACUUGUGGAGCAGGGCCGUGGCCAGCAGUGGUCGCUGGCAUCUCGACUCAGGACUCCAGUCGAAGACCUCGAGUCAGCAAAUCCGAAACUGGCGUGCAGUUAUUUGCAGCUGAGCAAGCGUGUUUCCAAUGCAGCCCAGAGUUCUGCAACCAUCACAGACAGAGCUGCUGCUGAUCGAGCAGCAACAGAGUAUAGGAGACUUACAAGGCAAUGGGAAGCAGCUGUAGCUGAGAUACGCGAUCUUCCGGCGUUCACGCGGUUCCUGCUUCCACCUUCAUAUGAAGACCUCCAAGCCGCAGCGCGCCAGGGCCCAGUCAUCAUCCUCGUUGCCAGUCAAUACUCAUGCAGCGCCAUCAUCGUCCCGACGUCAGGAGACCCCCAUCAUGUUCCUUUGCCGUCCAUCGCUCUCGCAGAUCUGAAGAUUCUCAAGGAUCGCUUCACCAGGGCAAUACGAGAUUCAUCUCGGAUGAAUCCAGGGGAGUCGAGGACGGAUCUCAUAGUGCUCUUGCGGAUAAUAUGGGACCAGAUCAUGCUACCCAUCGUCGACGUACUCGAGCACGUCCUCAAACUACAGCGUCGCUCUCGAAUCUGGCUGUGUCCCACUGCAGCUUUCACGUCCAUUCCUCUCCAUGCAGCUCACCCGUUCCAAACAAAGCCGGAUCGUUCUGGGAAGGAGCCAUGCCUGGAGGAUCUCUACAUCUGCUCUUACACGCCGACACUUUCGGCUCUGAUCAGAUCCAGACAGUUGAUGAAGAAGCGCGUGCCUCCGUCCUUUGUGGCGAUCGGACAGGGUCAACCGGGUGCAGGGAAAGGCAAGGCGCUGUUGGCCGUCGACAACGAGCUCGAGCUUGUGCAUAAGCUUGUUCCCGCGACGUCCAACCGCACCACUAUAUCUGGCGAUGCAGCCACACGAGCAGGUGCACUCGAAGCCUUGCAGCAGAACACCUGGGUGCACCUUGCUUGUCAUGGUAAGCAGGACCCCACGCAGCCUUACGAUUCGCAUUUCGUCAUGAAAGAUGAACAUCUGACGCUGCUCGAUAUCAUGGAGAGACAUAUUCCGCAGGCCGAGUUCGCGUUCUUAUCGGCUUGUCACACCGCUGUAGGCGAUGAGGAGACGCUCGAUGAAGUGAUCCACCUCGCAGCUGGUAUUCAGUUUUCAGGGUUCAAGAGCGUCGUUGGCACACUAUGGGAGGUCGACGACUCUGUCGCAAAACACGUCGUCGAAGCUUUUUACGGGUAUAUGUUUGGAGAUUUGACGAAAGGUGGUGUCAUGGACUGCACGAGGGCGGCCUGGGCACUCAACUGUGCUACACACGCGGUGAAGACGAAAGUUCCGCUCGAGCAGAGGAUGGUUUUUGUUCAUAUUGGUGUGUAGUUCUACGUCGUAUUAUUACUGUCGUCUGGUACAUAUUCACAUGUUUAUCUGCUAUUUUGUUUUCGUAUACUGUUGUGUUUUUGUCGACUAGCAUGUUUCACCAUGGCACUCAAGUUCUUGUGUACUUGACUCGUCUUUUGCUUGAGUGCUUAGAUAGUAGGAGCCGACUCACACCUUCCAAUUACGCUUGAAUCAUUGAUGCAAC